UUUGCAUGGAACGUCCUUAACUAAAUCCCCUUUGGACUGUCCCAUUUGAAACGAUAAUUUUGCCAAUUAUAACAAAUACAUGAGUAUUGCGAUUUUCAUUAUUUGUGUGUGUUAAUAUUGCUACAUAAUAUAAUGAAGAACAUCCUGAUGUCGGUGAUCAAAACUGUUUACAGGAUGAAGUGUCACGGUUUAGUUCUCGUGUUUCCAUUAAUACUGUGUAAAGUUGCAUCUUAUGAUCUGACUACUAAAAGGUGUCAGUUGAAGAAUAAGCAGAUUGGCAGAUGUAUACCGAAAUCAAUUUGCGCUAUAGAUGCGAAAAUAAACACAAAUGCUGACCCGGAGUCACCAGGAUGCAGUUCUGGAAGUAUUUGCUGCCAAAUGUUUGCAAAAAUUGUUACACUUGACAAUGGAAAUUCAGGAUCUGUAUCAAACGGAAUUUCAGCUAAUUUAGUUGCAAGUGGUUCUCCUCCAAGUGGUAGCAAUCCACCAAAUGAACCAGCAUCAACUAGCCCGUCAACGGUCACCUCCCCAACACGAAGAGGACAACGAAAUAACACAUCUUCGGGGAGUCGACCAACUGGAGGUUCCACAGGCUCAAACUCGCCGACUGGUAGCGAUUCUGCGUCAAAUCAAUCACCUCCAAAUGGUGCAGCUCCACCUGACGGCCAGCCUCCAGACGGAUUGGCUCCUCCUUUACUGGGGAACAUCGUUGCAGCUCCAGGCUGGAAUCAACUUCCAGAACCAAUUGAUAGAUCUGACAGCAUUGUGGUAUCAGCUGAAGAAAUAGAUCAAACUGCAAAUAUGUUUGACAGAAUAUGUGAAAUGUAUCAUUCGAGGGUGACUAGGAUCCCGAACCAAACACCCAAGUCAGGUAAUCCGGUUGUAAUGAUUUUUGGAGGCACUAACUCAGAGGAAAAGGAGUUUCCUCACAUGGCAGCUCUUGGUUAUGGAGACCCGAAUGCGAGACGGUGGCUUUGUGGAGGAAGCCUAAUUUCAGAAAACUUUGUCUUAACUGCGGCACAUUGCAUCUCAACUUCAACUCUAGGAAAUGUUCGCUACGUGAAGUUUGGUAGUCUAAGCGAAGUUCAGAACAGUCCAAGUACCCAAUUACGCAAUGUUGUUCGGACUAYGACUYACCCGCACUACGAUCCCGUUACUCACUACAAUGAUAUUGCUUUAWUACAAUUGGACAAACCCGUAGACAUCAACAGCUAUGUCAUACCAAUCUGCUUAUUUUCGUCCAACAAUUAUGAAGACAGAAAUGUAAUUGCCACCGGAUGGGGUAAAACGGAGUCUGGAUCAUCCAGUCUAACUCUACAAAAAGUCGGCUUAGUGAUUCUGGCGGCCCACUUCAAAUUCGCAAGAACAACAGAUAUUACCUUAUUGGCAUACCUUCAGUUGGCUUACAGUGCGGCCAAGUGAAUGUUCCCGGAGUAUAUACAUGGGUAGCAUCAUAUUUACCGUGGAUUCAACAAUACAUAUUUAUUGAGUUGAGGUGCCUCAGGAAGUCUUCAAGUUCAGUCAGACCAUGGCCCCAAACAACAAAAGUGUCAUCAACAUAGCGGAACCAACACUGAGGUUUCCUCACGGCUGUGUCCAGAGCGUUCUUUCCAAAUUUUUCCAUAAAAUAAUUGGCUAUCACUGGACUAAGAGGGCUGCCCAUUACUACUCCAUCUGUCUGCUCAAAGAAUUCGCUGUUCCACUGAAAGUAGGUUGUGGU